GUUGAUACAUUAUUUACAUUGUUGGAAUGUUUGCUGACGUCAUCAACAAAACUCCUGCAACACAGACGUGAAGAAACAGAACGGAACAGAGAACAGUCUGCAACCAACAAUUUGAAAGAGAACAUAAUUUUAUAAGAUGGAAAAUAACUUCACAGUUGAUGCGAACAGCACCGAAGUCGCCAAAACCCUGGUUCCACUUCUUCAAAUCGGAAUUGCAAUCGUGGCUAUCUUUGCAUUUCUCCUUCUACUUAUCAUAUCCGCCUUUAUAGCAAGCAUUUAUGAGCUAUAUCAGACCUCUCAUGAAUCACCAGAUAAUACGACAUUGAUUACGAUAAGUGCAGUUUCCAACACAGAAAUCACCGACAAUUCCACCCCUAAAAUAACAGCACCAACAGAUUUAACAUGUGCAAAACAACUACCACUCGAAAUACUAAAGUUUAUUCAAAUGAUUUUGUAUACUCUAUUAGGGAUAUAUCUCGGAUUACUAGUAAUAUAUUCAGACCGAAAAAGGGCUACUUAUGAAUCACCAGAUAAUACGACAUUUAUUACGAUAAGUGCAUUUACCAACACAGAAAUCACCAACAAUUCCACCACUAAUAGUACAUCGCCAACAGAUUUCACACGUGCACAAACACUCCUACGAUUAUACGUACUACUGGGGAGUUUUAUGAUUGUGACUACACUAAUAAUGAUAUAUAAAGUGUCAUUAGAAUUAUAUAAAGAGCGAAAAGAGACUACUCGUGAAUCAGAACAUAAUUCGACAUUGAUUACGAAAAGUGCAAUUAAUUCCACCACUAACAGCACAUCACCGACACUUUUCACAUGAGCACACGAAGAACUAUCAGCGCCACACCAUGUAUCAGGAGAAACAAAUAGUA